AAUCUGAAUACCUAUAUUAAAAAUAAUUUUAAACUUCAUAGGCUCCAUAGAGGACCAAAAAAUUCACGACUAUAUCAGCACAACAGACAAACCAAAUAAAAUGACUUCCUGUAAAACAGCUGCAAAUCUUACAGCAAUUUACAAUUUAAAGUUUUAUAGAAAACAGAAUUGUUGGAAACUGAAUUCUCCUAUCAGCAAGGAAAGAGAGCAAAAAGAAAAGUUAUCAACUUCAUUGAGAACAAAACUAAAUGAUACUUACAUUAUCACUGAUAAAGUUCGUGAUGAAAGUCCAGAGAUAGAACCUCUGAAUGUCGCUUUCUUUGAAUCAGAAAAAGAACAAGAAAUCUGCGACUCAAAACAUCCUUUAUCUCAACAAUGGCUGGAACCAGUGAAUAUAUGGCCUGCUACUAUUACAAAAUCUGAACCAAAUGUAAACACAAUUAUGUCUAUUGAAGAAGAAAAUCAACAAAGUAAUAAAAAGAAAGCCUGCAUACAUGAACGCUUAGAGGUCUUAUUGAAGGCAGCCAAAGAGCAUGAAGAUGCUAAGUCAGAACCAGCACUAGGGGAUAUAGCUCGACAGAAUAUUCCAGAGAGUUAUGACUUCAAUAUAGAAGAAGAGUAUAUAGGACAUAAUUGUAUGCCACCAGAUCUACAGCAGACUGUGAGAUCUGAGCCAUGGAUAAACCCUGUUAAUGUUUGGUUGGAUCGCGAUGUAAUUGAUGGGCUACACCAAAAGCAAGGAAGGCCUGGUGGAGACUGGGAUAAUGCUAGCCAUCCCAGCCAAAAUCUUGCUAGCCAUGCCUUCUUCCAUCCACCAUCCACCGUCUCACUCAAUGCCGAUGCUGACAGUACAUGCUCGAGUGAUUUUAUGCACGGGGCUCACAACGCACCUCACUCCUCCGAGAUAGAAAUUUCGUUACCGCCAGGGUUUACUAUCGAAACAUUGAGCCCCAAUAUCCUGCAAAACCUCAUGAACUCCAAAAUGAACGUGAGGCUGUUCACACAAAAAAAGAAGCCUGAACGUAGUUUUACGUCGGACGUGGGCAGCUACGACGAGUACCCGACGAGGGACGUAGGGCUGCUGCCACUCGACGAGUUCGUGGCCGGCUCCAAUUUAGGGCUGUACAGAAGAGUCGACCACAAUCAGUUAGGCGGCAGAGGUAGGGGCAGGCUCGUACAAAAUUACCAACGAUAUUAAAGUUGAACAAAAUAAUAUGUACUCGCAUUUAGCAUUAUAAGACCAGUAUACGCCUAUCAAACAGACUGAAUUGUUCCUAAAAUUAGCGAUAAGUGAAUAAA